GGACGUAUUUGGUUUCUGCAAGAAUUUGUUCAAGACAUUUAAAAAUGUCGUCCAAACAAGAAAUAAUGAGUGACCAGAGGUUUAGGCAGGUUGCAAAGGACCCAAGAUUUUGGGAAAUGCCAGAAAAGGAUCGAAAAGUCAAAAUUGACAAGAGAUUUCGAGCCAUGUUUCAUGACAAAAAGUUCAAGUUGAACUAUGCUGUGGAUAAAAGAGGACGCCCAAUCAACCAUAGCACUACAGAAGACUUAAAACGUUUUUAUGACCUUUCAGAUUCUGAUUCUGAUCUUUCCGAUGAAGAGAGAAAAACAUUUAAUCAAAAGAAAAUGAAGAACAAAAAACCCCAGAUGAAAAAGGAAGUAGAUCCAAAAAAUCUGUUUGAGAAAAACAAAGAAACCAAGAAAGUUAAUCAAAUGGAUUUGGAAAAUAAAAGUGAUUUACAUAAUUCUGAAAGAAUUCAGAAAAUGAAAAAUGCAUGUAAAUCUAAGGUAGAUUCAAACACAAGUCCAAAGAAAGAUAGCAAAGAUUUUACCCAAAAAAGUAGACGAGAGAAAAAAAACAUUGUUCAACAUAACACAGAUUCUUGUCCCAAAGGAAAACUAAGGAAAAUAGACUCUGACACCUUUGACAUUGUGAAAUCUCCUGAGAUGAAGUGUUCUAAGACAAGAGAAUUGCAAUCAGUAGUUCCACCCGUGAUAGCAAGAGACAGUGAUAUUCAUGAAAAUUCAGUGGGCGGCAAAAUGUUUGACAAAGGUGCUCUGAAGGAAGAUUCAGAAAGUGUUAGUGAAAUAGGAAGUGAUGAAGAAUCUGAAAGUGAGAUUACAGGUGUUGAUAGAGCUUCAGUUGCUGAUGAUAAUGUAGAGGAAGAUGAGGAAGAAGAUGAAGAUGAGGAUAAUGAAGAGAAUGAAAGUGACAGUGGUCCUGAUCUUGAGGGUAAAGGAAAUAUAGAAACUAGUUCUGAAGAAGAAGAUGAUAUGGCAGAUUUGUUUCCAGAAGAAUCUGGUUUUGAGCAUGCUUGGAGAGAAUUAGAUAAAGAUGCUCCUCGGGCUGAUGAGAUUACACAUCCAUUAGCAGUUUGUAACAUGGAUUGGGAUAGAUUAAAGGCAAAAGAUUUGCUGGCUCUGUUCAAUUCAUUUAAACCUAAAGGAGGUGUUGUAUUUUCUGUAAAGAUAUAUCCUUCAGAGUUUGGAAAGGAGAGAAUGAUGGAAGAACAAGUUCAAGGACCAGUAGAGUUAUUAAGCAUUCCUGAAGAUGCCCCCGAAAAGGACUGGACCUCUAGAGAGAAAUUGAGAGAUUAUCAGUUCAAACGACUGAAGUACUAUUACGCAGUAGUAGACUGUGAUUCUCCUGAAACAGCCAGUAAAAUUUAUGAGGAUUGUGAUGGCCUGGAAUUCGAAAGUAGUUGUUCUUUCCUAGAUCUAAGGUUUAUACCAGAUGAUAUUACUUUUGAUGAUGAACCUAAGGAUGUAGCCUCAGAAGUGGAUCUAACAGCAUAUAAACCAAAAUAUUUCACAUCUGCUGCAAUGGGAACAUCAACGGUGGAGAUCACUUGGGAUGAGACUGAUCGUGAAAGAAUUACAACAUUCAAUAGGAAGUUUAAAAAGGGAGAACUUUUGGAUAUGGAUUUUCAAGCCUACUUAGCUUCUUCUAGUGAAGAUGAAGAGGAGAUAGAAGGUGCUGAUAGAGUUGAUAUAGAAGAAGAUGGAAAAACAAAGAAAAGUCAGAAGGAUGAUGAAGAGCAGAUUGCUAAAUAUAGGCAGCUCUUGCAGGUUAUUCAAGAAAAAGAAAAGAAAAGCAAAGAAAAUGAUAUGGAAAUGGAAAUUAAGUGGGUCCCAGGUCUUAAAGAAAGUGCAGAAGAGAUGGUCAAAAACAAAUUGGAAGGAAAAAAUAAACUGACUCCUUGGCAACAAUUUUUAGAGAAGAAAAAAGAGAAAAAAAGACUGAAAAAGAAGCAGAAGGCUCUUGCUGAAGAGGCCAGUGAAGAGGAACUUCCCUCUGAUGUUGAUUUGAAUGACCCAUACUUUGCUGAAGAAGUUAAAAAAAUAGGUAUAAAGAAAAAAUCAAUAAAAUCUGCAAAAGAUGGCAUGUCUCCAGAAGAAGAAACUGAAACGGAAAGACAAAAGGCUGAAAUGGCUUUGCUGGUGAUGGAUGAGGAGGAGGACAGCAGGAAACACUUCAAUUAUGACAAGAUUGUUGAGCACCAGAAUCUGAGCAAAAAGAAGAAAAAAAAGCUCAUGAAAAAGAAAGAAUUAUUAGAAGAUGACUUUGAGGUAAACGUAAGUGAUGCACGGUUCCAGGCAAUGUAUACUUCCCACUUGUUCAAUUUGGAUCCCUCAGAUCCUAAUUUCAAGAAAACAAAAGCUAUGGAAAAAAUCCUUGAGGAGAAAGCCCGGCAGAGAGAACAAAAAGAACAAGAACUUACUCAGGCAAUAAAGAAAAAAGAGAGCGAGAUUGAGAUUCAACACAAAUCACAAAAGAAGUCCAUUGAUCCUGCAUUGUCAAUGCUAAUUAAAUCUGUAAAAAACAAAACAGAACAGUUUCAAGCAAGAAAAAAACAAAAAGUCAAAUAACUGGUAUUGUUUCUUUUGGUAUUGAGAAUAUAUUGUCCUAUACAGAAAUAGUAAAAGGAAUAUUUAUUGGGAACAAAGUUAGCUUUCAAGAAAAGAAUAAAAUCUUAUUCUGACCAUAGUAAAAUUUUUCUCCAGAAAUAAUUGUUGUAUAUAAUAGUGGAUGACUGACACAUUUAUACUGUAUGUUCCCACAGAUAAAUUAUAAUUAAAUCAGAUUACUGGAUUAUAAGAUUUAUAACAUUUUAUAUUUUGUUAUGUUCAGUUAUAACUAGUACAAAGUUACUCUAGCUCUUUAAAAUAAAUAUUGUUCACAAUUCUAUUAUACGUUAAAAGAGUGGUAUCUACUCUGAAGUCUUUGUAAAGGUCAGGGACAACUUGAUGAUGUGUAUAUGUAAUACAUUAAUUUCUCUGGAUCAGGAGGCAGAUUUAGAUUGCUAUUAAAAUAAUUUAUUUUUCUAGCCACAAAGGGUGAAAGCUAAGGACUUUCUUUGUAGUUUAGUUAUGUUAAUGUAGUUUAUGAAAUUAACUUGUAAAUAAAGGUACAAGAUA